AUGAAGAAAUGUCGGCUCAAUGCCAAUGUCCUCCAGGAUGGAAGUGUCGUCACCUGGGGCAUUGACCAGCGCUUUGGCAAGCUCGAAACGUGUGCCUGUGAACCGGAAGACGUGCCCAGAGCUACGUGCUUCCCCAAGGUCCGGAGGGAACAGUGCAAUGGUGCAAUCCCAGCUCGUGAAUGUGAAGGAGUGAACAAUCAGACAGCAGCGUCGCCUUCAGUGCUUUUGCACAUUGUUGAGUGGGAGACUGAGGAGAUUUGCUCGUCGACCUUCGCUUUUGCAGCCUUGCGGGAUGAUGGCAGCCUGGCAGCAAAGGACGGUGCAAACGAACGUAGGGUGGUGACCUGGGGCUCUGCAAGUGUUGGUGGAGACAGCAGCUCUGUGCGAGAGCAGCUCACCGACGUCCGGCAGCUUCUUGGGUUCGCCAACGGCUUCGCUGCGAUUCGGAUGGAUGGUCAGCCCGUUGUAUGGGGUGAUGUGCCAUCUGGCCGAGACGGAACAAAACUACAGCAAGAGCUCCGUGAAGUGCGCCGUGUGUACGCAACGGAUUCGGCUUGUGCUGUCCUGCGAGCAGAUGGUCGUGUUAUCACCUGGGGCGCCCUGGGUCAAAGUCUUCCACCUCACAGGCAUCUGCUUCGCAUCCGGCAAAUUUGCACCACUCGCUCAGCAUUUGCAGCUGUCCGAGACGAUGGCAGUGUUAUCGCUUGGGGCCGUUCUGACGGAGGCGGAGACUGCAGUUCUGUCCAGCAUCUCCUCUUCGAAGUGAAGCAGCUGGCAGCGACAGACUCGGCUUUCGCGGCGCUGCGGGCAGACGGCCACGUGAUUGCUUGGGGAGAUUCUAAAGGCGGUGGUAACUGCAUUCCCGUGAAGCAUCAGCUCCACGGCAUUCGCCACGUCUAUGCCACAUCUGCAGCAUUCUGCGCCCUCACGGUUGACGGUGCCCUCGUAGCUUGGGGUGAUGCAGCACGCGGUGGAGACCCAGCCACAGAGCUACACAAUGUGGAGCAGAUUUUCGCUGCGUCGUCCGCCUUUGCGGCCCUACUGAGAGAUGGCUCUGUGGUGGCCUGGGGCGAAGCAAAGAACGGUGGCGACUGCAGCCUGCAGCUGAACGACUUGAUCCCCCUGCAUCUUAGCGGCGAGGCUUCUGCUGAUGCUCCGUUCUUCUCCUUGGCCUCCCGGGAAAGCUCACGGCACGUCGCGGACCGGCCCAUCGAAGAGAUGCUUCUGCCGGGCUACGAGAAGGACCAGGUCUUUCCCACGCUUGCCCGCCAUGCAAGAAGCGUCGAUGUGCCUCCUCUCUGCAGUCUGGAGCGGGAUGUGCUCAGGCAUAUCGUUGCGGGCAUCAACCCCAUGCAGGCAGAUCUGUGGACUGCCUUGUCAGCCCAUGUGGCCCAUGGCUCUCUUAUGAAGAUUCCCGAGACCACCAGCAGAGACCGGCUUGGCGGAUACCAGUGCCAGAGUCUUCUGAAGCAGACGAUGCCACAGCUGCCCUUCGCCACCCGCCUUGUGGAGACGUCCGCAACAGAGCGUCUGGCGCUCUUCUCCUCACCUCUGCUGUCGAUGCAGCCAGGUGGAAACACCUUGGCAGACAAGGACGCCGUCCAAAGACUGAAGGCCACCUGCGAGCAAGACUAG